CAGCGAACAGCAGUCUCCUUUACAUCAGCUUUCUCUAAUCCGAGAAAUGUGAUUGCUGACAUGUCGUUUGAUGUAGUAAUGCAUUGUGUAAUGCAUUUGCUGUACAGCUUUACUGAUGUAGUUUGAUUGGUGUACGUUAAUUGAAUCCUCCAAGACCAGUCGUUACCACCGAGACAGUAACGUCUUUCAGGAGAUGUGUUCCAACACCAGUGUCCCAAUCUUUCAGCGCCCUCUGCAAUCAGUUCAUUCAAGAAUACCUCUAUGUAUCUACUAAUAAUUAAAGCAAGAGACUUCAUAUGCCGGAAAUCUAAAAGAAGGAAACUACUGGAAGCGGCCGGCAGUCAAUAACGUCUGCUGACAUGGAAUUCAACCAACUGGAAGCCUUCUUAACAGCACAGACCAAGAAACAAAAGGGAAUUACACUGGACCAGGCAGCAGUUUUAACCAAAUUCUGGAAAAGUCAUAAAGCUAAAAUUCGUGAAUGUCUUAUUAAUCAGAACAAGUGGGAAAACUCUUUGAGAAAUUUCAGUUGGAGAGUUGACUUGAAGACUCAGUCUGAACACUUGGAUCAGAUUAACACACCAGUUGCUCUUGUGGAGUUGGAACUUGGAAAAGAUGAUCGGGAAUCAGAAUUUCUCUGCUUGGAGUUAAAUGAGAACAAAGUGAAUCAACUGCUGAAAAAAAUAACUGAAAUUGAAGAGAGCAUCACUGCCCUGAGCCGCACCAACUGAUGCUGCUGGAGAUUAUGAAACAGAACAGAUGGUAGUGUCAAUAAACAAUUGGAACACUAACUGUCCCAUUGAUUUGUGUAAUAUAUGCAUUCCCUGCUUUGAUUGUAGAGUGAAAAUUUGAGUUUACUUUACAAGCCUUUGAUCUUACAGCCACUUUCAAAACUAAGGAUGCCUCUAAUUAACUCCUCACCAUCUGUUUCUUUUUCAAUAGCUAAACGGUGUUCAGGAAAUGGUUUUCAAUUUGAUUCUUCUUCCCAACACUUCUCAAAGCUCAUAGAAUUGAUUUUUUAAAUUUAGAAUCCAAAUUUGCACUUUCAUUUUGAAAUUGAAUUUUUCUUUUCUUUAGUUCUUGGAAAUAAUCUAAAAUUAUCAUUAGUUAUCCUCAACAUUUCUUGUCAACUUAUUAAUAAGAAUUGAAUAUUCUCAUUCAGAACAUUUCAAAGUGUCUGUUGACAAUUAUAUGGGCAUAGAAGAGACUGAAUUAGUGUAUCAUGGACCAUGUAAAUAUCAGUUGGCUUUGCAUCGAGCCCAAGAUAUGGCCCACCAAAGGAUGACUGAUGUUGAACCAAGUCCCAAAAAUAAUCGCUCGCUCUUGUAUCUCAUGUCAAAAAUGUGCAAGACUUGUGAAAUCAUCACUUAGAGAUAACAAAGAGCACUUGAUACUGUUGAAAGAAAAACAAUAUGUAUCAUGUAUUAGAGACAUAAUGAAAAAAUAUUUUGUCAUGUAAUGUGUAAUUCUCAUUGUUUUCCUUUAAUAGCCUGUAUUCAUAUGAUUCAGUUAUUCUGCCACUCAUGAGUAAAUACAUAACAAAGUUAAUCAUUGUAUUCCUUAUCAUAAGUCCACUGAAGUAACUUUCAUAACUAAAAUAGUAAUCUAUAAUGCUAUGAUGUUAAACUUUGUCUUAUUAUGCUAUAUUAUUAAGUAUAUUUGGAGAUUGCAUUUUGAGUCAGGAAUUGAAUGGAAAUAAUAAAACUUUACAGUUCCUUUUCUACUUGAUUGUAUAUAACCAUCAGUUCUUUGGAAUUCUUUGCAAUCAAGAUCCUUCAGAAAGCAAUAAACAAUAAUUAACACAUAA